AGAGAGAGAGAGAGAGAUGUCUCAAUUUCAUAGUGGAAGGGUCACUUUACGUUGAGUGAAUUAAUUAAAGAGUAGGGGAGUCAUGAAAGAGAGAUCCUCUCUCUCGACCUCUGCCUAUAAAAGGAUAAGCUCCCAUGUCCCCAAUGAGUUGUGAGUUUCGGGAAAUACACACACAUAACUUCUUCAAAUCAACACAACCAUCAUCAUCAUAAGGAGCUAUAGCAGCUAGCUGGUCUUCCCUUCAAUGACAUCGGAGAAGAUGAGUUGGGCGGUGGCGGAUGCUGUGGACUACAAAGGGUUCCCUGCUGAUAAGGCCAGAACUGGGGGUUGGGUUCCUGCUGCUCUCAUUCUUGGGAUUGAGAUAUGCGAGAGGCUGUCAACGAUGGGAAUAGCAGUGAACCUGGUGACAUACUUGAUCGGGACGAUGCACCUUCCUAGUGCAACGUCCGCAAAUAUUGUCACUGAUUUCAUGGGCACCUCGUUUUUGCUUUGCUUGCUCGGUGGUUUCCUCGCUGACUCUUUUCUCGGCCGGUAUAAGACCAUCGCUAUUUUUUCCCUAAUCCAAACUUUGGGGACGGGCAUGUUAGCAGUAUCAACCAAACUGCCACAGCUCCGACCACCACCAUGCCGACCUCACCAAACAUCAUGUCACCAAGCAACCGGCUUACAGAUGGGGAUCCUCUAUCUGUCCCUCUACCUCAUCGCCCUUGGGACUGGUGGGCUUAAGUCGAGCGUCUCCGGGUUUGGGACCGAUCAGUUUGAUGGGAAUGACCCAAAGGAGAAGGCCCAGAUGGCCUAUUUCUUCAACCGGUUUUUUUUCUUCAUCAGCACCGGAACUCUGUUGGCAGUCACAGUGCUAGUGUAUAUUCAGGACGAGGUAGGCAGGAGCUGGGCCUAUGGGAUCUGCUCAGUCUCCAUGUUCAGCGCAAUUUUGAUCUUCCUCUCGGGGACAAAGAGGUAUAGGUACAAGAAGAGCGUGGGGAGCCCCAUAGUUCACAUCUUUCAGGUCCUUGUGGCUUCCUUCAAGAAGAGGAACGUCGAGUUCCCAUCGAGCAUAGGGUACUUGUAUGAAGAUGCCCCUGAGUCCUCAAGGAUUCUGCAUACUGAUCAGUUCCGGUGCUUGGACCGCGCUGCAGUCGUGGUGGAGGGGGAUUUCCCAGGAGCCAAUGGUGCUGCCGUCUCAAUGCCACCAAACCCCUGGAGGCUAAGUUCUGUGACGAGAGUUGAGGAAGUGAAAAUGAUGGUGAAACUAUUGCCUAUUUGGGCCACGACCAUUAUAUUCUGGACGACCUAUGCGCAAAUGAUAACAUUCUCGGUCGAGCAGGCCUCCACCAUGGAGAGGACCAUUGGAGGCUUCAUGAUCCCGGCUGGGUCGCUGACCGUCUUUUUUGUUGCCGCCAUCUUGAUCUCAUUAGGCGUAUACGACAGAGUCAUUAUGCCCUUCUGGAAGAAAUGGAAGGGGAAGCCAGGUUUCACCAACCUGCAGAGAAUUGCCUUAGGGCUGGUCCUUUCUACUUUUGGAAUGGCAGCCUCUGCCUUGAUCGAGCGAAAGCGGCUCUCGGUUGCUAAAGCCGCAGGCCCAACAACCCCAACCCUUCCAGUGAGUGUAUUCUACUUGAUCCCGCAGUUCUUCCUGGUUGGUGCCGGCGAGGCCUUCAUAUACACUGGCCAGCUCGACUUCUUCAUAACCCAAUCCCCGAAGGGCAUGAAGACGAUGAGCACUGGCCUGUUCCUCACGACUCUCUCCCUUGGUUUCUUCAUCAGCAGCUUCCUCGUCUCCAUCGUGAAGCGGGUCACGAGAACUAGAGGACGGCAGGGGUGGCUUGCUGACAACAUUAACUUCGGGCGGCUCGAUCUCUUCUACGGCCUUUUGGCUAUCCUAAGCCUGAUAAACUUUGUGGCCUACCUCGUUUGUGCAGUUUGGUACAAGCCACAGGUCAACCUCAAACCGGUGGUAGAGAUGGAGAAUAAUAAAAUGGGCAAUGGGUCCAUGCAGGCGGAGGAGAGGGUCUGAUCGGUUGUAUAAAAAGUAACUACGGUUUCAAUCGCCAUACCAUAUAUGAGGGCUCACGUAUAGAUGUUUUGUAAUUUAUCCAAGUAAAUUAAUUUGGGUUGCAUUUUGGGUUUGGGCUUUUCAUUUCUUCUUCCCCUCCUCUUGUAUUUUCGAUUAUGGGUUGCCAUGUCCAAUGCAUAUAUGUUCCGUGUUUGUGUGCCAAGUUCAUGAAUUAAAGUUAACUUUUGUUCCA